GCCGCACCUUGUCGUGGUGUUGGGGCUUUCUACUAAGCCGGCUCACAUUCUCUGUACGGGAACUUGAAGAGGAACUGAGUUAUAACCCUUCAACAUGGGUCCUGUUAAUCGUGUAGUUGAGUUGCGUUGCGUUGCGUGCCUGCGUGCGUGCCUGCGUGCCUGCCUAACUGAGUGCACUUGCCGUUUGAGGAAUGAGUGCUUUUCAAUUGUCACUCACCCAAGUUCGCCGCCUUGUCCACCCAAGUUCGCCACCUUGUCCACUCGAGCCCGCCGCCUCGUCCACCUGAGCCUCACCAUUCCAUCUACAUCAGGCCAGCAUCAACCUUCGUCAUGAAACGUCAGGCGCCAGGCAAGAAGCCUCAGUCCAGGAAGAAGCAGCGUGAAUCUCGCACCAGCAACAGCCACACGCCGACUACGCAACGCAAAAACCUGGACACUCUUCACACAGUACGGGUAGCAUACGUUAAGUUCGUGAAGCAGGACAAGCAGGGAAACAUCUACCAGCCUUUUGUCGACAGGUACAUUGCUGCCAUCAACGAUGGCGUAACGGCCCGCAACGACGACCUCUUCCCUCUAGCCGCCAACAUUCUCGACCGACUUGGUGUCAAGAAGCCUACUCCUAACAAAGAUGAGGGUCCCGACCUUGAUGACUCUGCAAACUCCAGCUCCGAUGACUCUGAGGACCCUGACUCCGACUUUGCAUACAACUCGAGCCACGCGAUGCCUCCGGUCAAGUCCAGGAAGACCUUUGUCAAGUCCAAGAAGACUCCAGUCGAGUCCAAGACGACCCCGGUCAAGCCGACCAAGACCCGACGGAUAACAGCAGACGAAGUUUACCAACUCUUCAAUGAUCAGGUGGUGACUCCCCGAAUUAGCUUGUCAGCUACAAAUGGCGAAUGUGCAAACGCCUGCGCAACCUGUCGAAAAGGUGCCGUGUACGAUAUCUCAUUCCGCCAACUCGUCGAGAUGCUUGCGUGGCAAUUCAUGUCUUUCUAUGUCGCAGAUCUCGAACCAUGGGACAGCUCGCGAGACAUUCCUUCGUCAGUCCUUACAACGUUGACCUCUCUAGGUUGCAUCUUCGUUAAACCGUUGCUCGAUCAUUCAAAUCAUAAAGAUUCCUGUACCUUUUGUUUGUGGUGUACAGAACACAAGAAAGUUGAGAAAAUUACGUUAAGGUACGGGGUUAUAAUGGCCAUUGGGACGACAAGGGACCUCGACGUUGUUCGGCUGCACCUCACUACACAAGAUGACUGGACCCACUUAUGCCACCAUCCCUACUGCGCCCAACCGGCCCACGGCGUACGAGAGAGUCCACGAGAUAACCGCACGCGGAACACGUGCAGACCACCUCGAAGAUGCCAGGAUAAGGCAGCGUUUAUCAACUCCCGUCGGGCGAAAUGCACCCACACUCCAACUUGCUACCCGCCUGGUACCAGUUACCUUACAUCAACUGAGGCCAUCGUCAAGUCAAAUAUUGCGAUCAUCAAGGAGAGAAUGAGUCACGGGUGUAUGUGCGCUGCUCAUGCACUGGAGUUUCCUGUUCAUGUCUUAUUGAAGGCAACUUCCACUAAGGCCAAGUACUAUAACAGGAAAGUCAAGACGAAGGUGUGGGACGCGAAGUCGACUAGUCACUACGUCGAGGUAUCGCCGCACGCUAGCUCCUUCCAAGAAGCGUAUAGGGUUGUUCAAGGAUGGUUCGCUGCGAUUUAUGAACACUACGUUCAGGAGCACUUCAUGAACGCGCCAUGUGGUGGAGCCAAUGCAACAGGGCAAUGGUGGGACUCCUUCAGUGCGUGGGAAGCGUCAGAGGUGUUCGUUGCUGGACCUCUGCGAACAGCAAUAUUCACUGGGAACCAUUCGACGAGAAACAAAGCAUCUCCAGAGCAGUGCCUCGGCUGGGUGUCCUACUGGGUGUGAUGAAAGGACAGGGAAGGCUGGAGUGGGUUGUUGUUGUCGUCGACGCAGACUUUUCGCGCGUAGUGAUAGUAGUGUCAUAGCCUUGCAACAUAAUGAAACAAAUAU